AUGGGUGUUUCUGGACUACUUCCGCAGUUAAAGCCGAUACAGAAUCCCGUGAGCUUGGCUCGUUAUCAAGGCGAGACGUUGGCAAUUGACGGGUAUGCAUGGUUACAUAGGUCAGCACACUCAUGCGCUAUGGAACUUGCCAUGGACCAGCCUACUGACAAAUAUUUACAAUUUUUCAUCAAGAGAAUUUCAAUGUUAAGGCAUUUCAAGAUUACUCCAUUCUUUGUAUUCGAUGGUGAUUCUAUUCAAGUGAAGAAAGAGACUGAGCUGAAGAGGGCAGAGAAACGGAAAGAGAAUAGGGAGAAAGCACAUGCAUUGUUCGAAGCUGGAGAUAGGAGGUUGGCUUACGAUUAUUUCCAAAAAUGCGUUAGCAUCACCCCGGAUAUGGCUAAAUGUGUCAUUGAGUAUCUGCAAAUGAAUUCGAUACCGUAUGUCGUUGCACCUUAUGAAGCAGAUGCCCAGAUGGUGUAUUUGGAAAAACAGGGGUUAGUCCAGGGGAUCAUUUCGGAGGACUCUGAUUUAUUAGUUUUUGGAUGCACAAGAUUAAUUACGAAGUUAAAUGAUAAUGCUGAGUGCAUAGAGAUUGAUAGACGUAACUUUGAGAGGUUGAAUGAGGGCAAAUUCCCAUUAAGCAAAUUGACCGAAGAUCAAUUGAGAUCCUUGGUAUGUCUAAGUGGAUGUGAUUAUACAUCUGGAAUCCCAAAAGUAGGUCUUGUCACAGCAAUGAAAUAUGUGGUGAAGAACCGAACCAUGGAGCAAAUGAUCAUGGCAAUUAAGAGGGAGGGGAAGCUUAGUGUACCACACACCUUUUGGGAAGAGUAUCAAUAUGCGAAUUUUGCAUUUCAAUUCCAACGGGUUUGGUGUCCACUGAACGAAAGACUAGUGACAUUGAAUGCUAUACCAAACGAACUACUGAAUAACGAAAAGUUAUUCAAUUGCAUAGGCCAUGCGAUCCAUAAGGAAUGGAAGAUCAAAGAUGUGAUUUUUGAUUUUGAAGACGUAGACCACCAUUUGCAUAAACGGAUCAGUCUUGGAGAACUGAAUCCGUACGAUUUCAAUAAACCUUUAGUUAACAGAGAGCAUAAAUUACGUUUGAAGUCACAAUCUGUCGUAAUGACAAUUGAUAAGUUUUGUACCGCAAAGACCACAGCAGGUAGUAGUGCGAACAGCAAAUCUAUGAAUGCGUUCAUAGCACGUAAGAGCCAAUCACUAAACAACGGAUCAGGCAUCAUGAGUAAAUUGGAGACAGCACUAAAGAGGAGAAAACUUAGCGGUCCUGCCAACGAACACUCGACGAAGAAAGUUGUAAAUAGUCAAUUCUUCGCUGCUAAGCGGGAACCAAAAGCGGUGCCUAAAGUGGAGCCAAAGCCUGAACCAGGCCUUGCAUAUUCUGCAGCUUUCCACUCUGACACAUUUUCUGAUGUGAUGUUGUUAGACUCGGAUGAAGAGUCGGAGACUCAGACUGGAGAGCAGCAGAAAAAAGAGCCGUCUCAGAAACUGAGUCAGGAAGACGUCGAGACAGAAGUACCCAGCAGUCUGGUACCCAGCUCUGAACCAGACUCAUCGUUCAAUGAAAAGGAGAAGAAGGACGCUCUGUCAAUGGCAGAAGAAGAAUCUGAAGUCUUGAGCGAAGUUGAAGAAAAGGAGAAAACAGAGGAAGAAGACUUACAAAAGAAACAGGACAAUCAAAUACUAGCAGCAUUGAGAAACAAAUUCUUGCAUACCGGAGGGUUAACAGAGAAUAUCGAGACCUCGAAGAACAGACCAAAGGAAAGAGUUCCAUUGAAAAACGUAACUAACAUUAUGAGAGUUACUUCUACCAAGACAAAAAUACCCGAAAUAUCUUCCCAACCAAUACCCAAGCCAAUACCCACACCAAGACCUGCACGUAGAACCAUGUCUGGAGCCAUGACUGCGAUGCAAUCAUCAGUAGCUAGGAGUGAAUCCAGUGGAUUCAGUUCCGGAUCCACUUCUAGCACAAUAUCGUUAUCCCAAUUUGCAUACUCGAGGAAAUAG